AUGAUAUAUUCGACUUUUAAUUUGUUGAUUUUACUAGUUACGACGGCCUUUGCUUGGACUCCCGUAGUUUUGUGGCAUGGAAUGGGUGAUAAUUGUUGUAAUCCUCUGAGUUUGGGAAGGAUAGUUCAACAUAUUAAGGAUUCUCUACCAGGUGUUCAUGUGGUGUCAUUGCAGAUAGGGAAAACUAUCAUAGAGGAUACAGAAAAUAGUUUUUUUAUGAAUGCUAACCUCCAGGUCGAUGAAGCUUGCAGGCAAUUAAAUAGUGACCCACUAUUGAAUUCAGGCUACAAUGCUAUUGGAUUUUCGCAAGGAGCUCAGUUUUUGAGAGCAGUAGCUCAAAGAUGUCCCAAUCCAAAAGUAAAAAAUCUAAUAUCGUUAGGGGGACAGCACCAAGGUGUUUACGGUUUACCGCACUGUUUUUAUUCCAAACAUAAAUGGUGUGAUUAUUUAAGAAAAAUGUUGAACAUAGGUGCUUAUUGGAGUUGGGUUCAAAACCAGUUUGUUCAAGCUGAAUAUUGGCACGAUCCUCUUAAUGAAGGGGAGUAUAAACAGUAUAGUCACUUCCUAGCAGAUAUUAACAAUGAACGUCAUUUGAAUACUUCAUACCGAGAUAAUCUCUUAUCUCUUGAUAAUUUCGUAUUAGUAAAAUUUGAUAAUGACACAAUGGUACAACCUGUCGAAUCUGAGUGGUUUGGAUUCUAUACUCCUGGACAAGCUGUCCAAAUUACCUCCCUACAAGAUUCUGAUUUAUAUAAAAAUGACUCUCUUGGUCUUAAGGCAUUGGACGAGGCUGGUAAACUUCAUUUCUUAUCUGUGCCAGGCGACCAUUUACAGUUUACUGAGAAAUGGUUUUCAAAAAAUAUAAUAAGUGCAUAUUUAUCCAAGUAA